AUGUCGGAGUGGCAGAAAAUCAAGGAGCAGUUGCGCCAUGCUGAAAAUCCUGUCGUUUUCAUGGACAUCACAGCGGCGGGUGCAGAGAUCGGCAGGAUCAAAAUGGAGUUAUUUGCAGACGUGGUUCCCAAAACGGCGGAAAACUUCAGGCAGCUAUGCACAGGCGAAUUUCGCAAAGACGGCGUUCCACUGGGUUACAAAAAUUCUUCAUUCCACCGCGUAAUCAAAGAUUUCAUGAUCCAAGGAGGAGAUUUUGUUAAUGGUGAUGGAACCGGCAUGAUGAGCAUUUAUGGCGAGAAGUUUCCGGACGAAUGCUUCGAAUUAAAGCACAGUGGACCUGGAAUGCUCUCUAUGGCAAAUGCUGGAAAAGAUACGAAUGGUUGUCAAUUUUUUAUCACUUGUGCGAAGUGUGAAUUCCUAGAUGGAAAGCACGUAGUUUUUGGUCGCGUUGUGGACGGGCUUCUUGUGGUGAGAAAGAUCGAAAAUGUGCCCACCGGACCAAACAAUAAACCCAAGCUACCGAUCAUGAAAGGUAUCAAGGCGAAGAUCGUUCUUCUGGGCGACAGUGCCGUUGGUAAGACAUCGAUAGCUCUUCGUUAUGUAUCGAACAAGUUCGAGGCAAAGCACCUUUCUACGAUGCAGGUUUCUUGCUAUUUUGAAUUAAAGAGAUUAAGGUUUCUUUUCCAGGCUGCUUUUUUCUCAAAAAUUAUUACCGUUCAACAAACGCAGGUAGAGUUGGCGAUAUGGGAUACGGCAGGCCAAGAAAGAUUCCAUGCCCUUGGACCAAUUUAUUACCGUGAUUGUCAAGGGGCUAUUCUGGUAUAUGACAUUACCGACGAGCGUUCAUUUGAUAAGGUAAAGCAGUGGGUCAGAGAAUUGCUCAGAAUCGUUGGACCUGACGUACAACUGGCGAUCGUCGGAAAUAAAACUGACCUCACUAAAUCGAGAACUGUCUCUGACGAGGUAGGUGAGGCGUUCGCCAAAAGUGUCAACGCCUCCUUCCAUCUCACUUCUGCCAAGACGAACGACGGAAUUGGCUCCUUGUUUCAGGAAUUGACAGAAAGUAUGUUUUAA